AAUCUCUCGUCGCUGUCUGGUGGAGUCAUCCACCCCCAUUCUAUCUUGCAUAUCCCUAAUACCCUUUCCUUUCACGUCUUUACCAUAUAGAGGGCCGCGUCCGCGCCCCGCCUACCUUUCUUCUGAGCAGAGCCAAGUCCCUUGCUCUCUGCCACCCGCGACCUCAGCUUCCCGUCGUCGACUAUCGUGCCAACAAGAUGGAAGACAACCAGGUUAUGUCUGGUGGCGCCACUGAGGAUGCUCAGGCUAUUAACGUGGCACAGGAUGCCCCAGGUGAUGUGAUUACCACUUCCGGAUCGCAAUCGCAUCAGGGAUCUCCUGAGAAAAAGACCGAGACUGGCCCCGAUACUAAUAACCCGCUAGAUGCCCCCGCUUCACCCAAGCGCCAGAAUGCCGAUGGCGAACCCGAGGAUGAGGAGAUGGGCGGCACCGAGACGGAGACCAAGAAGGAGACCGAUGGAGGCGAGGACCUCGCUGAUGUUGCCGCACAGUCCGGCGCUGAAGGUGCUACAGAUGAACAGCCGGCGCAGGCCAAGGCAUCCAUUGAAGCCUCCGCGCGCUCACAUCUCGUUUCGCAAACCCACGCCAUCAUCCUCCCCAGCUACUCCACCUGGUUCGACAUGCACCUCAUUCACCCGAUCGAGAAGAAGGCUUUGGCGGAGUUCUUCAACGGCAGAAACCGUAGCAAGACCCCUGCCGUUUACAAAGAUUACCGUGAUUUCAUGAUCAACACCUACCGCUUGAACCCUAUCGAGUACCUCACAGUCACUGCGUGCCGCCGCAACCUUGCCGGAGACGUCUGUGCGAUCAUGCGCGUGCACUCCUUCCUGGAGCAAUGGGGUCUCAUCAACUACCAGGUGGAUCCCCAAACACGUCCGUCCAACAUCGGCCCUCCUUUCACUGGCCAUUUCCGAGUGGUCGCCGAUACCCCCAGAGGCCUCCAGCCAUUCCAGCCCGGACCCAACCACUUCGUCAAGCCCGGAAAGCCUUUGCCGGCCACGGAUCGUGCAGCAUCGGCCACCCCGGCUGCCAAGGCCGACCUGAACCUCGAGAUCCGUCGCAAUGUGUAUGAUGACAAGGGCAAGGAGAUCACCCCUGCUACGGAGGACAAAGACAAGCAGACCAAUGGCGAAGGCUCAACGAACGGUACGACGGGCGAUUCGACCAAGGCGAUGGAGAGCGCUUCCAAGGAACCGAGAAAGAAGUUCAACUGCUUCUCCUGUGGCAUCGAUUGUACUCGCCUCAGAUUCCACUACGCAAAGGCGACACCAGCAACCGCCAACCCAGCUGCACCUGACACCAAGUACGACCUGUGCCCCAACUGUUUCCUUCAGGGCCGGAUGCCGUCCAGCCACAGUGCUUCCGACUUCGUCAAGCUCGAAGACAGCCCAUAUUCGAUUGCCCCCGACCGGGAUGCUCCGUGGUCGGAUUCGGAGCUUGUGCUGUUGCUGGAGGGAUUGGAGAACUUCGACGACAACUGGGAACAGAUUGCCACUCACGUUGGAUCCAGGACAAAGGAGGAGUGCGUGAUGAAGUUCUUGCAGCUGGAGAUCGAAGACAAGUAUCUGGAUGAUAUGCCCGAGGUUCGUGCAGGCAAUGGGCGGGAGCCUAUCAGCCAGACCGAGAACCCUGUCCUAUCCGUGGUUGCGUUCCUUGCACAGAUGGCCGAGCCUGCCGUGGCCGCAGCUGCCGCCGGCCGCUCCGUGGAGGAGAUCCGCAAGGAAUUGAGAAAGCAGCUCGAGAAGGGCUCUGGAGCCCAAGACAAGGGCAAGGAAAAGGAAGGCAGUGCCACAGUCAAGGCCGAGGAUUCCAUGGAAGUGGACUCUGCUCGCGAGGAAGCAACCGAGCAAGCUGUCGAGGUCGCUGGCUCCGACAAGGGCAAGGCUUCCCUUCCCACUGUGGCCCUCGCGGCUUCCGCCGCUCGUGCUGGUGCUCUGGCUUCUCACGAGGAACGUGAAAUGACCCGCCUGGUCUCAUCGGCCGUCAACGUCACCCUCCAGAAGUUCGAGAUCAAGCUGCAGCAGUUUAAUGAGAUGGAGGAGAUCAUCGAAGCCGAACGCCGGGAACUUGAGCUCGCUCGCCAGCAGCUCUUCCUCGACCGUAUGGCCUUCAAGAAGCGCGUCAAGGAGGUCCAGGACACUCUGCAGGCCGUCAGUCUUCGGGGUCCUGGCGAGGAGACCAACAACAUGCUCGCCGAUGCUGCUACGACCGGGAUCGGCAACCGCUAUAACUUCCAACCGGCAGGAGGUGACGUUAGAGGCGUGCAGCCGUUGAGUGCAGAAACAGGCGCUGACUACAAGACGUUGGACCUGUAAUGUACCUAUGAAAAGGGAAUGUUUCGCCAAUGAUGACAUGCUUUUUUCCAACAGUUGGAGAGAAAUUCAAUAACCCUUUCCUUUCAUUUCUAACGACCGGACGAAGGAGCCGACCGGGGUUGCUUUUUCAAUAAUAUCCAUUGUAUUGUACAAUAUCAUAGGGCUGGACAGGAGGAGUGAAGGAGAAGAUGGGAUGAAUGAGCCGUCAGGAUGUAUCUGACAGGGACAGACAAGAUGGUAGUAAAGUGAUGUUUGAUGGAUUGAUGGAUGGCUUGCACUAUGAUCUGGUCUGAUUUUUUUUUUUCUUUUCCCUUUUACAUUCGAUUUACAAUCCGUUAGGUAGGAAAAGGCGCAAUUGUUUUGGGAGUUCAGAGCUAAGUAUUGUAUGCGUGUGCCUUGCAAAUCGAUGUUCUAUUGUUGAAUG